AUGUCCCUCUCAGUGCGCACCUCUGGGCUGCCCCGGCGGCUGUCUUCCCAGAGUGGGACAUCGGGCAGAGCCAGGGGCACGUCUGCUUCCAUAGUUGGAAGUAGCUAUGGGGGGAGCACCCUUGGCUUUGGAGACAGCUAUGGGGGAGGCUUUUCUGCUGCUUCCAUGUUAGGUUCUAGUUCUGGCUUUGGUGGUGGCUCUGGAAUUUCCUUUGCAGGAGGACUGGGUGCUGCAUAUGGGGGAGCCCUGGGAGGUGGCUCUGGAGCCCUGGGAGGUGGCUUUGGAGCCCUGGGAGGUGGCUUUGGAGGCCUAGGAGGUGGCUUUGGAGGCCUGGGAAUUGGAUUUGGGGGAAGCCCAGGAGGUGGCUCUGCAGGUAUUCUCUCUGGCAAUGAUGGAGGCCUUCUUUCUGGAUCAGAGAAGGAAACCAUGCAAAAUCUUAAUGACAGAUUGGCUUCCUAUCUGGAUAAGGUUAGAGCUCUAGAAGAGGCUAAUACUGAGCUAGAAAACAAAAUUCGAGAAUGGUAUGAAACACGAGGAUCUGCGACUGGAGACCCCGGAUCACAGAGUGAUUACAGUAAAUAUUAUCCAUUGAUCGAAGACCUCAGGAAUGAGAUCAUUUCUGCCAGCAUUGGAAAUGCCCAGCUCAUCUUGCAGAUUGACAAUGCAAGACUGGCUGCCGAAGACUUCAGAAUGAAGUACGAGAACGAGCUGGCCCUGCACCAGAGUGUGGAGGCUGACAUUAACGGCCUGCGCCGUGUGCUGGACGAGCUGACCCUGGCCAGAGCCGACCUGGAAAUGCAGAUCGAGAACCUAACAGAAGAACUGGCCUACCUGAAGAAGAACCACGAAGAGGAGCUCCAAAGCUUCCGGGCAGGCGGCCCAGGGGAGAUCAGUGUGGAAAUGGACGCUGCUCCAGCCGUGGACCUCACCAGGCUCCUCAACAACAUGAGGGCGCAGUACGAAGCCAUUGCUGAGCAGAACCGUAAGGACGCAGAGGCCUGGUUCAUUGAAAAGAGCGGGGAGCUGCGGAAGGAGAUCAGCACCAACACGGAGCAGCUGCAGUCCAGCAAGAGCGAGGUCACCGACCUGCGGCGCGCACUUCAAAACCUGGAGAUCGAGCUCCAGUCCCAGCUGGCCACGAAGAAAUCCCUGGAGGCCUCGCUGGCCGAAGUGGAGGGCGACUACUGCGGCCAGCUGUCCCAGGUGCAGCAGCUCAUCGGCAGCCUGGAGGAGCAGCUGCUCCAGGUGCGCGCCGACACCGAGCGCCAGAACGUCGACCACCAGCGGCUGCUGAACGCCAAGGCCCGCCUGGAGAUGGAGAUCGAGACCUACCGCCGCCUCCUGGACGGCGAGGCCCAAGGCGAUGGCUUUGAUGAGACUUUAUAUGCGACAGAAUCCAAAUCUCAAACGCAGUCGAUUGAUUCCUCUAAAGACCCAACCAAAUCCCGGAGAAUCAAGACAAUUGUGCAGGAAGUGGUGAACGGUGAAGUGGUCUCAUCUCAAGUUCAGGAAGAACUAAUGUAA